GUCAAAUAUAAACCGCCGGCCGUCUACGAGUAGUACGAAUUUUCAGCGAAGUUGUUCGUCUUUUGCUGUCGGUUCUCGCACCACCACAGUCCAGUUUUCUUUCUAGUCUAUCUUGCAAGUUUCUUAACCAAAGACCAAGACCGAAAUGGCGUACGCUGGCGAUUGCUUACAUGGGAAACACAGCCAGAAGAUCCAUCGCGGACAGCGGAUCUAUUCGCAGAAUAAGGCCUUGGAAUUGGUUAUGCAGGAUGACGGAAAUCUGGUGCUGUAUAGUCGGAAAGACCUGAGACCACUCUGGGCUUCCAACACGCACGGCCGAAACGGUGUGGAAGCCGUUAUGCAAAGUGAUGGCAACUUUGUUGUCUACGCUCCGGGCGGACAUCCGAUCUGGGCUUCCAACACCCACGGAAAGCAUGACUGCAAACUGGUCUUGCAGAAUGACGCCAACUUGGUAAUCUAUGACUGCCACAACCACCCAGUCUGGGCAUCGAACACCCAUGGACAGUGUCCGGAACACGAGCAAGACAUUUUGCACCCGGGCGAAGAGCUUCUUCCUGGCCGUUCUAUCCACUCCAAGAACGGUAAACUGGAUUUGAUUAUGCAGACCGAUGGCAACUUAGUGCUGUAUCGCACUAGCGACGGCUCACCAAUUUGGGCCAGCAACACUUGCCAUAAGCCUGUCCAGAAGUGCGUCAUGCAGCACGACGGCAAUCUGGUACUGUACGAGCACAACGGAACUCCCAUUUGGGCCAGCAACACUUACGGACAAAACGGUGCUGAACUGAAAGUCCAGGAUGAUGGCAACCUGUGCAUGUACAAAGGUCAUCACUGUUGUUGGGCCUCCGGAACCCAUGGAAGAUGUUGAACUUAAAGUUGCCGUUUUUAGGGGUAGUCUUGGUGAUAGUUAUUCAGCUUCGUAUGAUUUACAUAUUUGAUUUGGAAUUCGGCCAGCAUUACAACACUUGUCUUGCUUAAUGGAAUAAGGCUUUAUUAUGGUAAUUUCACAUCUGAGAUUUCCGGCACACAAUUGAAUAAAGCAUCUUAUGAACA